AUGAUAGAAGAGGAAGAAGAGGAUUCAUUGUUUGAUCAGAGUGAGCUGCUGAUCCACAACAAGCGGCAGACUCAUGGCAAGGUUCAGUGGAAGAAGAAAGGGCUGAAAACAGUGGCUCUUUCUUUGGCAUUCUUUUGUGUGGGGUUGUGCAUUGCCAUUCCUGGACCAACUCUCCUUGAACUUGGCAGGAGAGUUCACCGAGACACAGAACACAUGACCUUCAUAUUCACAGCCAGGUCUGUGGGCUUCCUGAUCGGCUCAUUGGUCGGAGGGGUCCUGUUUGAUUUCUUUGACCAGCAGAUAUUGUUGUUCUACACGCUGUCCCUUGUUGCAGUGGCUACUGUUGGUGUUCCCUGGUGCACAGCCCUGUUGUCACUGUCAGCUUUAAUCUGUGUACAGGGUGUGGCCAUUGGGGUCCUGGAUACAGGUGGAAAUGUGUUUUGCAUCAAGAUCUGGGGGAAGAGAAGUGCUCCUUUUAUGCAGGUCCUACAUUUUGCUUUUGGUAUUGGAGCAUUUCUAGCACCUUUAAUUGCUCGCCCGUUCCUGUUUGAUACCGACACCUCCCACAAUUCAACACUUGGCAGCUAUCAUCCGGUGAAGUUUAAAGUCAGAUCCGUUGGUAGCCAUCCAUUAACCCAGGAUUCAUUUGGAUUAAAUUAUUUGAAUCAUGAUUACAACUUUCUAAAGUCUCAUUCUGAUUAUAAUGGGAAGAUUCUGAAUAAUACUACUGGUCAGAAUGCAGCAGGCACCGAAACAUCUGGUUUUAGUGCAAACUGGGACACAAAUCAUUUGUAUAAAAAUGAAAUCAGUUUGAAUCAACAGUAUAGUGCCAUGUUUGAAUAUGGAAGGUUUCCAGGUUUUAUGAAAUUCCGUAUGAAAAGGGACAGUUCAGGUAAUCAAACUGUGAUUGGGCAAAAGACAAAUAGGGAAAAUGAAACUGAAGUAGUAGCCAAUAAUGCAGAAGUGAAGGUAGAAAGCACCGUAAAGCUUAGCCAGGCAACGACGAGGGCUAAGAAACCAGAUGUUAAUAACGGGGAUGCUCUUAGUAAGGAUCAUGCAGACGCAGAAAUUAUCAAUUCUAAAAUUAUUGAUCUCAAAAAGAAUGCCCCACAAAGUAAUGUGGAUACACAAAAGGUGACACCAUUAGUCCCAGUACCAACUGAUGGUCAGAACACAACUGCAAGGGUUAUGAUAAAUGGAAGUCAUGUUUCCAACAGCACUGGUAGUGCUUCUGUUCCUUGGACUGGUCAUGUGUCUACUGGACAAGCUUCAAAGCUGGAGCCGGGGUCUAGCAUUUUACCAACAACAGUGGUGGUUGAUGUUAGUGAUUCAACAACUACAGCUGCCAGACCAGCUGAAGGAGUCCGUGCUUCUGGGCCUGGUACUUCCAGAGUAACACCAGCUCCUUCUUCAUUUACUCCAACACCAUCCAAGAUGACUACAGCUACUGCAAACAUAACUAUUGCAACUACUGGGAGAGAAGCACCCACAGUAGCCAAUGCAACCACAACUGCAGCUACCCUAACAACUGCAGCAGCACCAACAUCAUCAAGAGAAACUACUUCUGCAGCACCAGCAUCAUCAUCAGAAACUACUUCUCCAGCAGCAAACUCAACUAAAGCUUCAAGCAACACUACAGCCAGCAUCACCACAAAUAAAUCAACUGCAGCUAAACCAGAGACCACAGGAGACCUGUUACAAGAUGUAGUUAAUAAAUUAGCAGGCAUGUCCAAGAUUCAGUUUGCCUACACAGUCAUUGGCCUGCUUCUGACUGUCAACGCUGGACUGUUCCUCUUCCUUCACUGCAAAGAUCAAUCGUUAAAGUCCCCACAGUUUACACCACACAGUCGAGAUCUAACCAGAAAUCCAUUGUCAGCCUACUUUGUAGCAUCUGUAAUCCUUCUGCUGUUCUUCUUCUUCUUGGCCUACAUGGGCAUGGAGGCCACAUUUGGGGGUCUGCUGAUGACUUUUGCCGUGGAGUACUCAGCAAGUCCGCUAACUUUGUCUGAAGGAGCUACGUUGACUGCUCUCUUCUGGGGCUGCUUGGCCUUUGGAAGAGGCUGUUCUAUUUGUAUUGCUCGUUACUUGAAACCUUCACGGAUGAUGAUGAUGAACUUAGGCCUCACGAUGUUUGGGGCUUUGAUCCUGAGCUUCAGCAUUCCAGUGAAUCCAGCAGCAUUGUGGGUAGGAACGGUAACGUUGGGUCUGGGUAUGUCUUCGUUGUUUCCCACAGCUGUGUCCUGGGCGGACUCUUGCUACCCGUUGUCGGGCAGAGCCACAGCUGUUUUUGUGGCGGGGUGUGGUGUCGGAGAGAUGACAGUUCCAGUCCUGACUGGGUACCUGUACGAGGUCAAGAAUAAGAUGUCUGUGAUGUAUAUGAUGUUGUUCUUGUCAUGUCUCCUGUCUACGUUAUACGUUACCAUACAGGUAUUGGUGUAUCAGAAAGUGAAGUCUGUGCACCGAAAAUCUACGUCUGGCUUCAUGCGACUGCAGAACAUCGAGCAGCCGGAUGAUGAUAGUGACUUGGGUAUCGCUGAGGGAAUUAAUUUGGGCCUCACAGAAACAAUGUGGAGGAGAAAACUGCAGGGAGAAGAGGAGCGAGGGAAAGAGACGAGCGAGAGCAGCAAAUUUACAGAAGUGACCAAGUUGAUAGAAAUGUGA